UCCACCGUCAAAGUUCUUCCUGGACGGGGGCGCGCCGUCAAAGCCGGCCACCGUCAAAUUUGAUGGUUGAUGGAUGAAUAGUAGAUUUUCUCCUCCGUCGCCAAAGGUUAUUUCUCUCACUAUCCGUUACGCAAUAAUUCUAAAGAAAUACUCAACCUUUGCUACUCAAAAUAUCUCAAAGUCCACCGCCGCAGCUAACAAGUUCGUCGUGUACUGCAACACUCAGAUCACUAGCCAUGGCCGAAACGGUAACAUCAGGGAGGCCGAGGCCCUAUUCCACCGCAUGCCCAGAAAAACCGUGGUUUCUUACACCGCCAUGCUCUCGGCAUAUGCGAACAACGGUCAAAUUGCCGAUGCCCGGAAAGUGUUCGAUGAUAUGCCCCAGAGGACUGUCGCGACGUGGAAUGCGAUGAUUACGGCUUAUGUAAGGAAUAUGAGCAGCAGAGUAAAUGGGGUGGAAGAGGCUUCUAGAUUGUUUCUGCAGAUGCCAGUGCGCAAUGCCGUGUCGUACACUGCAAUGGUUAUGGGUUUUGUCAGUGCUGGUAGGUUUGAUGAGGCCGAGAGAUUGUAUGAGGGAACGCCCUUAAAGUGGAGGGACCCGUUUUGCUCGAAUGUGCUGAUGAGUGGGUAUCUGAGAAUUGGAAAAUUGGAGGAGGCUGUUAAGGUUUUUGAAAGCAUGGUGGAGAAGAAUGUCGUUUCUUGGAGCUCAAUGGUUGAUGGAUAUUGUAAGAAUGGGAGAGUUGGUGAGGCUAGGAAAUUGUUCGACAGGAUGGAGGAGAGUAGAAAUCAGUUUACUUGGUGUUCCAUGAUCGAUGGGUAUAUGAAAGCGGGUUAUUUUGAGGAUGGUUUUCAGUUGUUCUUGCAAAUGAGAAGGGGAGGUGAAGUGGGGAUUGAACCUACUAUUAUGACUGUGAUUUUCGAGUCUUGCGGCAGAAAUGGUAGGCAUAAAGAAGGGUGCCAAGUACAUGGUUUGAUGUCGCAUUUAGGAUUCGAGUUUGAUGUAUUUUUGGGUAAUUCAAUUAUUGCAAUGUACUCAAAGUUUGGCUGUAUAAAUGAAGCGAGGAAGUUGUUCGAUACGAUUAGGGAGAAAGAUGUAGUUUCUUGGAAUUCCCUUAUUUAUGGCUAUGUUCAAGCUGGAAGAGUUGAAGAGGCGAAUGAACUUUUCGAGAAAAUGAAUUUCAAAGAUGCAGUGUCGUGGACGACUUUAAUUACAGGAUUCUCUAACAAAGGUUUAACCAGAAAAUGUAUCGAAUUAUUCAGUAAGAUGCCCGAACGGGAUUGUGUUGCUUGGACAGCUCUUAUUUCUGGCUUUAUAAAUAACGGAGAGCACGAAGAGGCUAUUCUUUGGUUCUUGAAGAUGAUUCGAAAUGCAGUUAGGCCAAACCCUCUAACGUUAUCCAGCUUGCUUAGUGCUUCAGCUAGUUUAGCAUUUCUGAGCCUUGGUCAACAAUUGCAUUCUAUUGUCUUCAAAAUGAAGGCGGAACAUGAUUUAUCCAUACAAAACUCCCUUAUCUCAAUGUAUACAAAGUGCGGAGUUGUAAAUGAUGCCCACAAGAUAUUUAAAUCCAUCACUACACCGAACAUCAUCUCGUUCAACUCAAUGAUCUAUGGGUUUUCACAUAAUGGGUUUGGAGGCGAAGCACUCGAGUUAUUCAAGCAAUUGGUGGAUGAAGGACACGAGCCAAAUGAAGUGACUUUUCUUGGUGUUCUUUCUGCUUGUACGCACGUGGGACUUGUGGAAGAAGGUUGGGAUUAUUUCAAAUCCAUGAGGACAUUGUUUAAGGUUGAACCUGGUCCUGACCAUUACGCUUGCAUGGUGGAUUUGCUCGGUAGAGCUGGUUUACUAAAUGAAGCAAUGGAGUUGAUCGAGUCAAUGCCUUUUGAGCCUCACUGUGGUGUAUGGGGUGCUCUUCUUGGUGCAAGUCGGACUCACAAUUUUCUUGAUCUUGCUGAGCUGGCAGCUCAACAAAUUUUAAAACUGGAACCAAAUAAUGCAACUCCGUAUGUGGUUUUGUCAGAUAUUUAUAGUUCGAUGGGGAAGAGAAGAGAUGAAGAACAAAUGAGAUCGUUCAGAAGGUUUCGGGGCGUUAAGAAGAGUCCGGGUUGCAGUUGGAUUGCUGUGAAAUGACGAGGUUAGUUUCUUCAACGCUCGAUUGGAUUUGUUAGGAAUGCUUUUUUUGAUUUACUUUUGAGAUUUAUGAUUAACUGAGCAUACAGUUCUUGUAUUGGAUAGGAUUGUGUAGUAAUAGGGGCUGAGUUUCGAUUAAGAUGUCGUACAGAUGCUUUAUGG